AUUCAAAUUUCAAAACACUUCAAAAGCACUCAAGUUCAAAUACAUAUUAUUGUAUAAUACUUAUUAAAAAUGAAUUAAAAUUAAAAAUAUAUACAAAGUAACAUAAUAAUUAUGUGUGGGAUUUAAAAAAGUUACUGUAAAAGCAAAAUAUUAAUUACCAUAUAAAAUGAAAUUCAUGGUUACAGUGAUCCUCAUUACUCAUAUUAUGUUUUAUUGUAAUACAGUUACAUGUUUAUUGCCUCCUAAAUUUCAAUGGAAAGUUCUAGAUUUUGCGUGGGAAGCUUCUGCGCGCGAAGCUGCUUUGAACACAGGCGCUUAUGUGCCUGAAAAUAAUUUGCCAGCGGGUAUAGCAAGGUGGAAAGAUAAAUUGUUUAUAACUAUACCACGCUGGAAAACAGGUGUACCCGCAUCUCUGAACUACAUUUUCGUGAACGGCACCCAAUCGCAGCCCCUAAACCCGUACCCGAGUUGGGAAGAUGCGUUUGUCUCCAAUAGAGCAUGUUGCGUCAGCUCCAAUAGUACCGUGGUGUCCGCUUUCAGGGUGCACGUGGAUAAUUGUGAUAGACUGUGGGUAGUUGAUAAUGGCGUGUCGGAUAUGUUCAGUAACGUGAAACAAGUCACGCCUCCAGCUAUCGUAAUAUUUGAUCUGAAUUCGAACACUUUAAUUCACCGAUAUGAACUGCCGGAUGAUGUGAUUAGAGAUUCGUCAGUUUUAAUCGGCAUUGUGGUAGAAACGUUAGGCAAAGGCUGUGCCGACACAUAUGCCUACAUCCCGGACAUGGGUUCCAACUCCCUUAUAGUGUAUAACUUGAAACAGAACGACGCUUGGCGAGUGGAGAACCAUUACUUCCAUUUUGAUCCACACUCGAGCGUGUUCAGGGUUGGGAGGGUUGAGUUUUACUGGAGUGAUGGGGUUUCUUCUGCUGUUUUGGCACCGGGGAAGAAAGCUUCUGGGCAUCGCGACUUAUACUUCCAUCCGACGGCAAGCACAAAACAGUUUCGCAUGUCGACUAAACUGUUGAGAGACAGAUAUGUGCCGAAGGAGAUUUUGUUUAAUGCAGCCGAAAUUUUGGGAGAAAGAGGUCCACUAUCUCAAGCGACAGCAGCUGACUUGGAUCCUCAUAAUAAUGUUAUGUUUUAUGCCCAGUUAAAUAAAAAUGGAAUAAGCUGCUGGAAUAUGGAGAGGCCUCUCAUGGAAGAAAAUGUUCCGCUCAUUCUUAGUGACUGCACUGUACUUGAGUUUCCUAACGAUUUAAAGGUCGAUCAAGAAGGUAAUCUAUGGGUACUAAGCAAUAGACAAUCAAGAUUUCUAUACGAAUCCAUAGACAGCAGAGAAGUUAAUUUUCGAAUUCUAACAGCGCCCACGACAAAGCUAAUACAAGGGACUCCAUGUGAAAAAAUGUCAACAAUAGACAAAGCUUUAAGUUUGAUACGACCAAAGUCAAAAACUAAAUAAAAAAAAAAAUAAGAAUCGAUAUAUUAUAUUUUCGAAUGUCAAUUCUGUAUUUUACCAUAUUUCUGUAUUUUAUGUUUUGAAAUAAAAAUUUGAGUAAUAAAAUGUA